AUGGAGCAUACACAACCGAAAUGGGUUAUUGAACUCAACAACGGUCCCCCACCCAAGUCAAAGAUUGCUAGCAGCCUGCCAGAUCCUCCCGGAUACUCUUCGAGGUCAACGUCCGGCAAGCAGAAGGCACAAGUCUCUGCCCGAAAGGCGCCCACACCUGAAGAGACGGAGACUUUGAAGUUGAAGAAAGCAUGGGAAAUCGCAUUGGGACCUGCAAAGCAAAUUCCAAUGCAGGCUAUCAUGGGCUACAUGUCCGGAAACUCCCUGCAAAUCUUCUCUAUAAUGAUGGUAUGGAUGUUGUUCAAAAAUCCCAUCCAAGCUAUUUCUCAGACAAAUAUGGCCUUUUCAAAACUCGAAAGUGAAGGGACACGUUCGCAAAUGCUGGGAGUAAAAGCGGUCUACGUACUGAUGCAAUGCUUAUUGCUUGGUUUGGGAAUAUACAAAGUCAACAGCAUGGGCUUGCUACCUACGACCACAAGCGAUUGGUUGGCAUGGGAGUUUGAGAGACAACCGCUCGAAAGAGCAUACUUUGCCUUUGGAGGGUGA